AUGCAAGUUGUUACUACUAUUUCUUAUAAAUCUAUUGUGAAUGGUGCUUAUACUAAGGGUAUGAAUGCUAAAAGAGGUAUGAGACAAGGGGAUCCUAUUUCCCUGAUGCUGUUUGUGCUCGUUAUGGAAUACUUACAUAGGAAGCUAAAAGAUCUUAGUAGGAUUCCAAAUUUCAACUUUCAUAGCAAAUGUGAAAAGUUGAAACUUGUGGAUAUGAGUUUUGAUGAUGACCGCUUGUUGUUCACAAGAGGGGAUGUGAUCUCUGUUCAGCUUGUGAUGGAUAGGUUUAAAUCGUUUUUUGAGGCUACUGGUUUGGUAGUGAACCCUAAUAAGUGUAAAUUGUACUGUGGCAAUAUCGAUGAUGGUACUGUGCAACAGAUUACUAACAUAACAGGUUUAACUUCUGGUGUGCUUCCUUUCAGCUAUGCAGGUAGGAUUCGGCUCAUUAAUAGUGUGAUUUUCAGCACUACCAAUUUUUGGCUUCAGUGUAUUCCUUUACCUAAAGAUGUUAUUAGAAGAAUUGAAGCCUUAUGCAGGACCUUUUUGUGGACUGGAAAGGGCAUCAUGUCUAGGAAAGCCCUGAUUGCUUGGAGUAAAGUGUGUGAGCCUAAGAGCCAAGGUGGUUUGAAUGUGGUGGAUUUGGCUAGAUGGAAUAAGGUAUGUUUGAUUAAACUUCUCUGGAAUCUGUGCAGGAAAGCUGAUAGUUUGUGGGUAAGGUGGGUUCAUACCAAUUAUAUGAAAGAUGAGCGAGUGAUGGUUGUUCCUAUUAAGAAUUCGUGUUCUUGGAUUCUGAAAGAAAUUUUGAAAACUAUACAGGAAGUUGAAGGGCUGAACCAGUGGCAACAAGUGGUUAAGAAUGAUGUAUUCAAGACUAAAAAGUUCUAUUAUAGUCUUGUUGAAGCGAAAUCGAAAGUUCCUUGGAGGAAGUUAAUGUAUGAGAAUGAAGCUUCUCCAAGAGCUUUGUUCACCCUGUGGAUGUCUUGUAACAAGAGGAUUGGUACCAAAGAUAGAUUAAGCAAGUUUGGUAUGAUUAGUGAAGAAAACUGUGAAUUUUGCCCAGCGAAAGAAAGCUUACAGCACCUGUUUUUCGAGUGUACUACCAUGAAGACGAUUUGGACGGCAGUGUUGGAAUGGAUGAAUAUUUUGCACUCUCCUCAAGGAUGGGAUAAGGAAAUGACUUGGUUGUUAACGAGCUGCAACAAGAAGGGUUGGAGAUCCACUGUUUUGAAAACAGCUUUCACUGAAACUGUGUAUAUGUGCUGGCUUUACAGGAAUACUAGUGUGUAUAAAAAUACAGGGGCGCGUAGUAAUGACAUUAGUGGUAUAGAAAACGAUGUUAUAGACAGAAUAGUUCAUAGAUGUUGGAGAAAUCCUAAGUUGCGAGAGCAUGUUGCUCCUUUGUUGAUAUAG